AUUUCGUGUUGAACUGGUUAUUGGUCACUUUAAGUGCGGGAAAUUCAAUUUUUCAUUUAAUUCAUUUAGAAGUAAUUUUCAGGACAAAAGUUUGAGAAAUGGAUUGUUAAAUCAGACAUUUGUGACAUCAGCGCCGGCAAAUCUACCAGCUGUGAUGCAAGCAAAGGCAGCAGUGCUGUCGAAUCAGACAGCGGUGUUGUCAACUGUGACAGCAACGCAGUGGAAAUUGAUUCUUCUGAAAUCAGUGUUUCUCCGAAGCCGAUUAAAGCCACAGAACCAGCAACAGGAGGGUCUGCUAAACAAACAAUGUCGAAAUCUGAAUCUACGCCACAGGAGAUGAAAAGAAAGAGAUCAAUGGAAAGAGUUGAUGAUAGGAAGCGGAUUAAGCUGGAUAUAUCCCAGACCUCAAUCACAAGCUUCUUCAAGCCAAGAGCUGCAACCUCAUCCACCAUCUCAGAAUUGAGUCCUGCUCAGACUACCUUCAAGAUCCAGACAGAUUCUCCUUAUUGUAAAUCUAGAGCAAAAGUUGUUUUAGAUGCAAUGAUAAUUGUAUCUGAUGACGAGGAUGAUAUUGCUCAAGCAAUCUCCAGCAGCUCCGUUCAAGACUGUAAAUCCAAAACUCCGGAGAAGUCCAGUUCCGUUGCAGAACGUCAAACUAGUAUUUCAGAGAAACGGAGCUCCGUUAAAGAACGAUUAUCUGCCUCGUUUGUCUGCUGCUACUGUAAGAUCGGGUUCUCUAACCUCCUCUCCUGGAAACAGCACGAGAACAGUCAUAGACCAGGAUUCAGGUGUGGUAUUUGUGAUCAAGUAUUUGCAACUGAAAAACUGUUGAAGAAGCAUGAUGCCUGCAAGAAUUCUACUCCAAAUGAACUUGAAGAAGGAACCUUUGACUGUCCUCUGUGCGAGUACUCGGCUAAGUCUGGAAAAGGAUUACGGGUUCAUUCGAAGAGAAAACACGGGAUAAACUCGGAGUCAGAAACUCCAGACCAAUCCAAAUCAGAAGAGUGCGGAUAUUAUUGCAAAAAGUGCAAAUAUUUUACUCUCAGCAAGGUAGCCCUCAAGAUUCAUGCAGUAGACGUUCACCAAGAUUCAAACCAGGAUUUUAUUCAUCAAUGCAGUUUGUGUGGUGCUAUCUUCAUAACUUCCAAGGCUCUAACCAUACAUACCCAUUCUAUUCAUCACAAGAAGAAGGGUAACUGUGACUGUGUGAAAAAAUGUGAUUUGUGCAAAUUUGUUGCAACAACUUUGAAAGGGUUAAUGAACCACAUGAGAACUCAUGUAAACAGCUCUAGCCAGGCUGCUGAGGGAUAUAAUUCACGAAAUGCAGAGGCUAUUGAUAUGGAAGAUGAUUUGAAGGCUACGGGGAAUGGAUCGGAGGCUGAUGAAUCCGUGUUGGAGGAUGAGGGUGAAAGUAAACCUAAAGGAAACCAUAUCCGCAACAUCACAUCUGACUGGGAUUAAUUCUAUGAAGAAUAUUAUUCAGCUGAUUUUAUCCUGAUUCUCAUGCUAGAUUCUUUGAUCGAGGUUCAAUAGUUCCAACUUAUAUCUAUCUAUCUAGAUCUAGAUCCAUUAUUCCAUUUUAUUUGGCAGGCUGAAUCCAGGGUUUUGUAAAGUUUAAGUCAAUGUUAUCCAGUCGUUUUCACUGGUUUUUAGAAUCCUUGGUUUACUUCUUAUUCAGCUGAAUUUAUCAAAUCAGUAAUUAAUUAGAAAUUUUGUCAGUUAAUUUUUGCGGAUUUACUGGAUUCUUUGUUACCGUCACCGAAAUCUGGAUUUUUUUCAAGCGUUCUCAGCUUGUUCAGGAUCCGGACCGUCAUACCAUAAUAUCUAGGUCUCAUCCUUAGGUAUGAAUAAUACCUGUUUAUUUGUAUGAAAUACGUAAACUGAAUGAACCCAAACUUUCGAGUUUUUGGAAGAAAUUUCACAUUAGCUCAAAACUUGAUCCGGAUCCGGUUCACAUUAGCUCAAAACAGGAUCAGGGUCCAGAUUACAUUAGCUCUAAACUGGAUCCGGAUCCGGUUUAAAUUAGCUCCAAACUGAAUCCGGUUCACAAUCACAUUAGCUCAAACAUGAUCCAGAUCCGGUUCAAAUUAGCUACAAACUUGAUCCGGAUCCUGUUCACAUUUUCUCAAAACUGGAUGACAUAUCCUUAAAGCUGGAUCCGGAUCCGGUUCACUUAAGCUCAAACUAGAUCCGGAUCCAAGUGAAUGUAUUAUUCAAAGAUUGAAAUAUUUUAAUGUUGUAUCUUAAAUACAAUUUCUGCUUUAUAAUCUUAUUUCUGUUUAUUAUAGAGUAAUCAGAUUUGACUACGUCAUUUAAUUAUGGUCAAACAAUUAUUGAAAAAAAACUGUUGAAUUUGAUUUAAAUAAAAUUUCUAAUCCCA